AUGUACGGUAUAUUCGGAAUACACCCAGUACCGUUAUUGGUACACUUGUUUGUACGCACUAUAUUUACCAGUGGUACCAUGGACCAACAACAAAAGGAAUAUGCUAAUCAAAUUAAGGAACAGGAAAAGCUUGAACAGCUUGAGCAGAGAAGACUAAUACUUCGCACAAUUCUGACGCCAGAGGCUAGUGAGAGAUUGAACAGAAUCGCAACAGUUAAACCGGAGAAGGCAAACAUUAUUCAGAACGCUAUUUUGACUAAUGUACAACGAGGCAUGAUCCGGGGGAAAAUGGAUGAUGAAAUGCUAAAAUCUAUUAUCCAGACUAUAACAACACCGGAAGAAAAAAGUACUAGCAUUAAAAUACAGCGGCGCAAAUGGGAUGACAGUGAUUCGGAAUAA